AUGUCAUUCCACGACUUCAAUCCCGGCCAGACCAUUGCCGGCUGCAUGGAUCCUUCUCGCUUACAACAUGAUAUCCUACAGAUCGCAAAGGAGACACUGGACCUUCAGCUCAAUAGCUUCCAGUCCGUUGUUGCUGUCUCUCAGAAGGAUUACCUUGGUCUUGGCCAGGACGGGCAAGCAUUCAUGGCUUUCUAUAUGGGACGGAUUUUCAGGAAGCCCGUCAUGUGGGCAAAGGAUGGCAUGGACGGCAAUGCAGACAGAUGGGUCCUCGGGCCCUGCGAGAAGUUCGUCUCUGGCCCCCACAUGAUCGUCUCAGUCAACGGCAUUGCCAUCGUCGUCCAGCGACCACCAAGCCAUUUUCUAGAGGACGCUUCUGGCUCAGAAGCUGGCGCCCAUUGCACCGAAAGCCCAGAGCCUGUUUGCAAGAUCAAGGUUCCUCGACCUCCCAAUGCCUUCAUUCUCUACCGCAAAGAUCGCCAUGCCACCAUGAAGCAGGAAAACAGUCACCUAAGCAACAACGAUAUUUCCAUUAGCUUAGGCAAGAAAUGGAACAGCGAAUCACCAGCCGUGCGCCAGAAAUAUACCGAACUUGCAAAGAUGCACAAGGAGCGCCUCUUGAUGAUGUAUCCCGACUACCGUUACACCCCACGCAAGCCGUCUGAGAAGCGCCAUCGAAAGCCUAGUGGCCAAAGCAAGAAGGCCAGCUUAGCAGCGUCAAUGAGGUAG